CUCACUUAGUCAGUAUUCUCCCGCGGCUUAAGCUGGCCAGUAUGUCGCGUCCGUGUCGAGUCGUAUGUAGGCCCCAUUAAGGAGUUCUGUCAAAAUUUAAUUAACAUGCCGACAAAUAGUCAGAAACAUUCCAGCAGACCGGUAAUCGACAACCGUGUCCGUUUUACAAAGAUGACCCAGGAAAAGCAAGCCCCCGUAGCGGUGCCCGAGGAAACAAGACUAGAACUUGAAGAUACUCGACAGCAGAAACGCUCCGAGAGGAAACAGUUGCAGAUAUCACUCCAGAAGGCGCUGGAUGAGGUUAUCGCCGAAGACUCCAUCAACGAUGGUCUCGCGAUGCUUCAGAACCUGCUGGAGGACUACAAGUUUACCGUGCUGUACGACCUGAUCGAGGAGAUGAAGCACUGGGACACGCUGACGACCAUCCCCGAACCCAAGUCGUUCCUGUUCAACGCGAAGCUACAGCCGCAGCUGAGUCGGAUGCUCGAGAACAGUUUUCGCUAUCGACCGUAUCUAGAGUGCUUCAUACCGAGGUUCGACGCGGUCAACGAGAAAAUCUGCCCCGACUUGAACACGCCCCUGCACUACGCUGCGGAAGCGCUGAACAUCAGCUUCAUCGAGUGGUUGCUGGCACAACCCUCGAUCGAGGUCAACGCCCGGAACAAGCAACGCAAAACGGCCCUGUUUCUGCUGUGCGAGCAGUACGACGCCUGUCUGAACAAUCCGAACUUUAAGAAGCGUGCCCUGCAGGUCACCAAAAGCCCAGCGAAGACCGAUGAUAUACGGGAAUGUAUUCGAUUGUUAUUGUACCAUGGUGCGGACUUUAACAUGUUCAGCGAUCGGUUGAAGCUUCCGUUUGAGCUGUUGAUGAAGAACCGAUCCGAAGAUAACAAACAGUUCCUGAAGGAGUGCACCGGAAUCUUCCAGGGAGCGAUCGCGAUCGGCAAGACGAAUGAGCUUAAACAGAGGGUCGUUGGGUUCUACCAAGAACGAGCCGUGGUGAUUGUGACCGUUGAGCUGCUGGAACUGUUUCUGCGGUUCAACGAGCAGGAUCGCUUCAUGGCGGAGUUUGAGGUGUUAAACGUGAACAUCGGAAAUGUUAGGUGUGUCAUCAAGCUGCUGUUGCACACCGCAGUGGAGUUGAAUCAGGAGCGGUGCGUCAAGAAGAUCGUGGAUCAUGCCGGUCGGAAGAUCUUUCAGAUUGUGAAUCCCCUGCCAGGGAAGAGAGUACGGGUUUGUGAACCGGUCAACGAACCGAAAACAUUUGAGCUGAUGUACCGGCUGGAGCUGAAGGGACUGCUGAAGAAGGCUUGCGAGUGUGGGAAUGUGACCACGUUGGGACUACUGCUGGGUCACAUAACCGAUAAGGUGCUUGUGAACGACGAUCCUAUUUUGGUGAUCACGCUGAACCGAGCGCACGAAUUGUGGAAGCGGGACGAAGAGCGUGCCAAGGUGCUGCAGUGUGCCUCGCUGCUAGCGAAGGACCAAAAGAUCUUUCUGACGCGUACGGACAACAACGGGAACACGGCGCUGCACAGCGCGCUGAAGUUUGGCUUCACGGACAUUGCGCUGGAGCUGCUGCAGCAGAAGUAUGCAUUCCUAGGAGUUCGUAACAAGGACAACCUGACUCCGCUGGACUACGCACGGUACGACUUUUGGAAGAAAUACUUUGACCAGUGCGUCACGAUCGACGUGCGGCGAUCGUACUUUGAUCGCAACGAGGUUAGGUUAAACUUGAACGGGUUUGAUCCGUACAUAUUUAAGAAGCGCAUGGUUAAAAAGGCUAAUCAGAAGGAUCGCAGCGAGCUGAAUUUGUGGAGGAUUGUGGAGAAGGCUUCAGCGUCGAACGUUACAAAUAAGCCGGAGCAGUCGUUUGUAACGGAGAUGGACCCGGUGAAGAUCAUCGCCAAGUCAAAGGAUCUUCAGCGGCUGCUGGUGCAUCCCGUUGUGUACACCUUCAUCCAGGUCAAGUGGCUACGGCUGACCAAGUGGAGCUACAUUAACUUGAUAUGCACGCUAAUAACGGUGUUUUGCUUCAGUUGGCACUCGCUAGAUGCGUGCGAUGAUGGACGAUCUUCAAUCGUGCCAACCGUACUUACCUGGAUCGGUGCUGUUUACAUGAUCUUCCGGGAAAUUAUUCAGUUGCUAUUUCUACGCUUCAAUUACCUAUCGACAUUUGAAAACUAUUUGGACAUCGCCACGAUCACCGCCAUGAUUGUGGUUCUAUCAAACGGCUGUAACUCUAUCCUGUCCUCCUUAACCGUGAUCGCGUUCGCCAUGCAACUAACUGUCCUUCUCGGUUCGCUCCCGUUCAACAGCAUCGCCACCUACAUGCACAUGUUCAAAACCGUAUCGCUCAACUUCCUGCUCAGCUUUCUCCUGUUCAUCCCUCUGCUAGCGUCCUUCACGUACAGUUUCUACCUCUCGUACAACGAUCAAACCACCAACUCAACCGCUCCCGAAGACGACAACCCGUUCAACACGUUUGGCACCUUCUCGGACGCCGCCCUCAAGACCCUGGUCAUGACCACCGGAGAGUUCGAGGCGGCUGCCGUCGACUUUAGCGGCGGCAAAAUGCUCAUCUUCGUUCUGUUUAUCUUCUUCGCACCGAUAGUCAUUCUGAACCUGAAAGCCGUCAGUGACAUCACCGCCAUCCGCGAGCGCUCCGAACUAAUCAGCAUCAGCAAAAAGGUAACCAUUCUUGAACGCUACGAGCGGGGACUACGCGAAAUGCCGCUUGCCUUCAUCCGACGACUCUACCCGAGCUCGUUCUUCGAGAACCACUCGUACGUGAUCGUGGUGCGUCCCAACGAGAUGCGCAAGAUACUGGUGCAGUCGAUCGAGGAUCAGCCAGCGGACAAUCGUCGCGAUCAGCGAGCACCUAAGGGCGAGUGGAGGGUUGUGCCGAACAUUCCCGGAGGGUUUCUGGUGCGUGGAUCGCAGGGCCUGUUUGUGAACUUCAAGUUCUGCAAGUUUCCGCUGUUUUCUACGCUGGACGAUCACAUCAUGGACGAGGCGCUGAGGAUCGUCGAUCAGAGUAUUAUGGUGAAGGAGAUUCAGGAGAGUAGCAGGGCGGAGAUAGCUGCUAGCGGAAGAUCGCUGGAAGCGGAUGUCAAGCUGGAGGAACUCAGGCUUGAGAUGGAGAAAAUGAGCCGACUUUUGAAUAAAAUGACGCUGCAGAAUGCUCAGACGGGUAACAAGAUUGAAAAACGUAAGAAAAAACUAACUAAGGGUAAGAAAGGAAAAGACGUUGAAGAAAAGUUCAGAAAAGCAACAACAGUUGCGAAAGCAGUAGGGAAGUUUAAGAAAAAUAAGAAAAACAGGAAUAAGAAAGACUUGUAGAAAUUUAAA